GACAUAGCACUGUUGCAUCUCUAACAAGCAUUGGACGGCUGCAGUUGGUGCAGGACAUAUAAGGAGCCCUUGGAGGAGGCUGGUAUAGCUGGGAAGUUUGUAUUUAAAUGUUAAUGCUAUGGAGGAGAAACAAGUUGUAGUGUCUGGUGAGCAAGCUCUCUCCCAGGAUGCGAGUCCCUUUCAGAGAAGCAUAGAAGACUUUUUAAGAAGGUGGCUUGAGAACAGGGUUCCUCCACGCCUGAUGCAAACACUGUUGCAGUGCCUUCACAAGAUGGCCCCCUGGGUUCACACCAUGAUUCCGGUGGAGACUCUCGGCAACCAAGACAUCCCCUCUCCGGAGAGACUCUUCCGGUGCACCAAGAAGCAGCUGGGGACGCUGAUCCGCUUCCUCUUGGCCUUCGUUCCCUUUCGGUUCCACUGGGUUUGGGAGUACUUUCUGGUGGACACCAUUGCAGGAAAUCUCAUCCCUGAAGAGCUCAAGAAGAUCCUAAUCCACCCAUCCCGCCAAGGCAGCCGAAGGGAUCAGGGCAAUCUGGCACAGGAAGAGAAGACGUGCUGGGUGGAAGCCAUCCAGGGAGCUCUGCCGGAUGAAGAUGACCCUGAGGAUUCAACCUACGAGCCCACCAAGUCUGAGUGUGAAAGCGAGGAGUACACAUCCCAGAAUGACACAGAGACAGAUCUGGAGAUCAUGGAGGAAGAUGGAGUGAUGAUGUUGAAGGAACAGCUGAAUCAACAGGGCGAGCUGAGAGGCCACGCUGAGUUGCAAGAGCUUGAACAGUGGAAGCUGGAGUCGCCCUCGCUGGGGGAUGGAAGUGAGCAUCCAGGAACCACCGCUGCUCCAAGUGGGCAGGGGCAGGACUUGGACAGCCAAGAAGCCGGGGAAAGCCGUCCUGACUCUGAAUGCCCUGACAUCAGCCUCAGCAGCGACUCUCAGGAUCAAUGGGUGGAGCUGAGUGAAUAGCUGCCACGGGCAACUCUGAUUCGUCAGAGAUGCCGAAUGCCAGUGCCUGCUGGAGAUGUCAUCUGUGCUGCUGACCAGAAGUCCUUUGGAGACUGGAGAACCUGCCUAAUGAAGUCUCUCUUUUGGGAAGUUUGCAAUAAAGGGAUAUUUUUCACACUA